CGUUGCAAUCGGUAUAUAAGCAGCUGCUGGCAGCUUGUCUCGUACCUACUUGUCUAUAUCUCUAGUCUUCAUCUAUACGCUUCAACAUGUCUAACAACAAGAUCGUUCCUCUUACCAUUAUCAAGGGCGCCGGCCAUGAGCACAUCCCUAUCCCCGAGGGUGAAUGCGCUAUUAUCGCCGACUUCCACUCAAUCAAAUCCCAGAGCUCACACUCUACCCCUUACCUGACCACUGGAUUCUACCGUGUUGUGCCCGGACCUACACGAUACGGCGAGUACGACUACGAGGAGACCAAGUAUGUUCUCAAGGGCCAAAUCGACAUCACAGAUGAAGCCACUGGCAAGACCCACCACCUCGUUGCUGGAGACUGGGCCUUCUUCCAUGUUGGAUCCAAGGCUCAGUUCUCAACAAAGACUGAGGGUGUUGCUUUCUACGCUGUCACCCGACCAAUGAACGACGGCCACCCUAACCUUGUUGGCCGCGAAGAGAGCACUUCAAAGUUAUAAAAGUCAAUGCUAUCAUAGCCUGUUAGAUAAACUCCAAUACACGAUUCAUAAUAUUUCGUCUGGUCCAGGGUAAUCCUAGUUCUAAGUGAUUACAAGUCUCAGGAAAAUGAUGUUUACUGGAUUUGACUGAAGAACCUUGC